GCAAAACGUCCUGCGUGUGCUGAAGUCUGCGAGCAGAGGCUCUUAAACAGCUAACGUUUUAUGAUAUUUUACAGCUCUAUUACUUGUCGUAUUUAUUUACAAUUGUUGGUCCAGUUUUGCAAAUAAUGCGUGAUAUAUUAUAUAUAGAGACGUAGAAGUGGACUGUUUAUCUGCUUGUUUAAAACUAUUUAAUUUAUUUAUGCAAAACCAUGACACUUUAAAUAUGAUGUCCUGUACGUGCUUUCUACUUAUGUUAUUAUUAUUAUUAUUAUUAUUAUUAUUAUUAUUAUUAUUAUUAUUAUUUGCAUAUAAUGUACUAUUACAAAAAGUGGGAUUUGUAAUGGAUAUUGAUAAGGUACGGAUUGCGAUCUGGUCUCCUCUCACGGAUGUGUCGGUAGUCCCGCCCACUCCAGCGCUGUCAUCACAGGAAGGAACCGCAACUCGAGAUUCGUCAUGGGCUCGUCUCGCACUGCAGUGGCGGAGGGAUACGUGAAGGAGUUCUCUGUCAGCGUGGGCGUCGUGCCGGCGGAGGGAUACGUGAAGGAGUUCACCCGGCACUCGAGCGCCGUGCUUCGGAACCUGAACGAGCUGCGACUCCGCGAGAUCCUGACCGACGCCACGCUGCUGGUGCGCGGAGCGAGACUGCGGGCCCACCGAGCCGUGCUCAUCGCCUGCAGUGGCUUCUUCUACUCCCUGUUCUCUCGCUGUGGCCCCGGGGCCCUGAGCGUCCUCUCCCUGCCGGAGUCUCUGGACCCCGAGGGGGUGUCCCUGCUCCUGGACUUCAUGUACUCGUCCCGCCUGCCGCUGUCCCCGCACAGCGUGGGGGGGGUGCUCGCUGCCGCCACCUACCUGCAGAUGGAGCACGUCGCAGACACCUGCCGCUCCUUCAUCCGCUGCAGUGGGGAGCGAACCACCUUUCACCCCAGACCAGGCCUAGAUUUCCCCUCUGCUGGGGUCUCUCUGCCGCCCCCUGCGGUCCUGCUGAGCGCCGGAGCUGUGCCUGUCAACGCACUCCGCUCUCCGGUAACGCGCACGUCGGCCUCCACACCACACGGGGGCGCUGUCCAGGACUCCCACAGACCACAGGGAGAAACUACCAGCUUCGGAUGCUGUGGCCUGGGGCUAGAUUUAGAGGCUGACCCACCGAGAGCCGCCCGGGAUGGGGUGAAGAUGGAGGUGGAUGAGAAGGGCCAGGGGGAGCUUUCGAUGGCGAGGCAGCCCGCUCUGUCCCCCCUCCCCACCCCAGACAGCCCCUCCCGCUCCAGCUGUCACCCCAACUCCCCCUCGGAGGCCAGCGGCUGCGGGAACCAGCCCCCCGACAACCCCACAAGCACUACUGUCACUGAAUCCAGUCCGAAUCGAGACCCUAAAGCUUGCAACUGGAAGAAAUACAAAUACAUUGUCCUGAACCCGCUAUGCAGAAGAGCUUCCAUCAAAGGAGAGGAAGGGGAGGGGCGGGAGGCGGGGCCGGAACCCUGCAACCACACCCCCACUGACAUGGACAGGAGGGGCUCUCCUGCCAGCCCCGCCCAGGAGGCGGAGCAUGAGGCAGAGAGGAGCCAAUCGAACAGGUGCUCUCAGUGUCAGGUCUGUCAGCAGAGUUUUCAGCAGGUCUCUGAACUCUGUCAUCACAUCCUGGUCACGCACCCCGGAGAAGACCUCCCACAAUUCCCCUCUCCCGCUCCAGUGGGAGGAGCCUAUACCUGCUCACUGUGUCAGCGCCACCUCACCAAGGAGGAAGUCCAGCAGCGCCUCUUCCUGCGUUGCCGUGGCGACGGAGACUGCGACGACAAUCCCAACCAAACCUUCAAGUGUGACAGCUGCUGCUCAGAGUUCCGUUACCGAGGCAACCUGACCGGCAACAAGACCGCCCACAGAGGUGAGAAGCCCUAUCGCUGCAGCGUGUGCGGGGCGCAGUUCAACCGUCCCGCCAACCUCAAGACUCACUCCCGAAUCCACUCCGGUGAAAAACCCUACCCCUGUGAGACCUGCGGGGCACGCUUCGUACAGGUGGCUCACCUGCGCGCGCACGUUCUCAUCCACACUGGAGAGAAACCGUACCCGUGUGAGACGUGUGGCACCCGGUUCCGACACCUGCAGACCCUCAAGAGCCACGUGCGCAUCCACACUGGAGAGAAGCCUUACCACUGUGAGAAGUGCGACCUUCACUUCAGACACAAGAGUCAGCUGAGACUGCACCUGAGGCAGAAGCAUGGAGCCAUCACCAACACCAAGAUCCGAUACAAGGUGCUGUCGGACCCCUAUAGAGCUCCCAUCAGCUCCUGCUAGACCCCCUCCGCUGCACGCACGCACCCAAUCAGGCUGGCUCCACAACAUGGAGACCUCGAAAAUAUGUUUCUGCUAAAGCUGACCCAAAGACUGGUCCCACGUUAGCUAAAAAGCUGUAGGACAGCACAGGUGUACAGCUGUGGACAAACGUUUUGCAUUCUCUACAAGGAUUGAGACAUAAUUAAAAAACUAUAUGAGCAUACAGUUCCCCAUUUAUACAGUUGGGUUUUUACUGGAGCAAUCUAGGUAAAGUACCUUGCUGAAGGGUACAGCAGCAGUGUCACCCACCUGGGAUUGAACCCACGACCCUCCGGUCAAGAGUUCAGAGCCCUAACCACUACUCCACACUGAUAUUGCAAAAAAGUCUACCGGAAGCCAUAAUAGUAGUACAGUAGUAUUUCGAAAUGUCACCUUUUUCAAUUACUAAACUAAGUGUAUGGAAAACUACAAAGCUGUGUGCGAUUCAAUAUGUUAAUGUAACAUUAUUCAGCAGGUUUCAUUCGACUUUAUGAAGCAGAAUGUGUUCAUUCUAUAGGGGGUGCAAAACUUUUGGCCAGGGCUGUGUAAGAGUUUUAAUAGUUUAUUCCAGUAUAAGACUUUGUCACUGAGCUUCUGUUUCUAAAUUUCACACGGUUGACUGUUCGAUAGCUCUGGAGGAAUCCAAAGUGAAUGCUGAAGAAAAGCCAAAGAAUGCAUUACGAAUGCAAAACACAACCAACAGGAUUCAUAUUUUUGAAUUUGCUGAAAAAAAAAAAAAAAUCGAGUUAGCUGGGAUGUUUGAGUCUCUCUGGGAGAGAUUAUUUAGUUACGCUGAUAUGAAAUGGAUAUUUUUAGUACAGGUAUUUUUAACAGCUGGGUUUCGGAUAGUAGGAUGAGUUGAGAUAUUUUAGCAAGGGUUUUUUACAGAGAGAGUGGGGGAGGAGUCAACGGGGCAUGACAUCAAACUCCGCAGGCGGAGUCAACCCCAUACCCCGCCCUUAACCCCGCCUCCCCACACUGGAACAGCCCAAUGGGCUGAAUGUAAAUAGCGCUCUCUCAAAACACACCAGCCACGGCAUAGAGUCUCGCUAUCCCUCGAACGAGGCUAGCCAAAUAACCUGGUGUCGGUCCCCCUCGAAUAUUUGUUCCCACCAGCGAACUUCUGUUCAUCCUUCAUGCAUGUUUGUUAAGUUCUAUUGCUGUGUAAAUUCUGCAGGUGUAAUGCUGGUGAAUGGGAGCUGUGUUUGCAGGCUGAUCUCAUGUAUUAUUAUAGGUGAGACUGGACCUGCCAGAGGGGACUGGAUGGGGCAGGGUUAGGGGUAGGGGUAGGGAAAGGUCUUAAAUGAAGGUUUUAGUUGAAAGUACACAGAUAUAGACUUGUACGCAAAGGUGACUUUGUUACAAAAAAUAAAGGGGGUACAAAUAUUCAGAAGGGGAACCAACAUUCCUGAAUAUUCAUUCCUGGGGGAACAAAUGUUCUGUGACACCGGACAGGUAUUAUCACUUACUUGUAUUGCAUUGAUUACAAUGAAGCUUCAUUGUAGUAUACUGUCUAUUAGACUGAACACAGUAAUUAACAACACGCUGUAAACGGUAUAUAUAUAUAUAUGUAAUGGUUUAAUGUUGAUAUCAUGUUUUAUCAAUCGUGAAACCGAAUGACAGGGAGCUGUGAAUAACUCUUUGCCUCCUCUUUAAAUAUUAUAAGAUGCUGUUUAUGCUUUGAGAGCAGUUAACUGCAGGAUCUAUACAACAGAAUAUUGAAAAAAAAAAAAUAUUAAAUUAAAUAAUUGUCUUUUUGCUGGCCAAAGAUAUCUGCUAAGAAAAACCAAAACGCGUGUCUGUAAAAUGUUUCUGUUUUCUGUUACAACUGGAUUAUCCUGGGCUAGUUACUCAAAGAUAUUUACUUCAAAUUGCCACUAGCGAUGUCCGACCUGUUCUACGCUUCCAUUGGCUGCAUAGGUCCCAAGUGUGCAGUUUUGAAAGAAACACAUGUUAUCAUGGAUUUGAAUUUUAAAACCUGUCUGGUACUGCACUUAGUUUACAGAAAGUUUUCGUUCCUUAUUCUCAGGAUAUCUGUUACACUUCUUCGGUCACCUCAGCAGUGUUUUCUGGGGCAUGUUACUGGCUGAAAGCCUGUCCGUCAAAAGGGGAAGCAGCUGGUUCACGACAGGAAGUGCAACACUAUCUGAAAGCAGGGCUUGCAAACAGAGAUUUAUUUCUCCAAGCACCAGAUGGGUAUGCAACAGCUGUAUAGCAGGUCAAAUGUGUGCCAUAAUUGUGUUAGACACCCUCACUUUUCAUAUAGAGGUAAGUGUAGAAUUGUACUGAUAUUUUCCUGGUGGCGAUUCGGAUUAAACCCCUUUGAGUAUCUUGCUCAUCGUCUUUCAGAAGUAUUGCUGGUUCAAAACCGUUUUUGUGUAUUUUGUAAGCAGUUUGUGUUGAUUUGUUUUAGACCGCGUCUGGUUUCAGAACAAAGCGACUCCUUCUUUAACCAGUCGCCCUAGUUCCUAACUGGUACCUGCUGGUUCCCAGUUCCUCGGCGCUACUGGGGCUCGACGCUGUGCAGGAGCGGUCUGUUUUGUAAACUAAAUAUCUUACUAUCUCACUAAAUAUCUUACUAUCCCUGAACAGAUCUCCUCUUUAAAUACAUGCAAACGAUUUUAAUUCAAAACCCCUCUCACGGGUGCAGUGGUUUCCAUACACAGUAACAACUUACUCCCAAUGCAGAAUGGCUGUGUGGGGCAAUCGUUCUUCAUUUUACCCCAAAGCAUGUUUCUGCAGCGGUGACUAAAUUCAGUGUGGUCUCGUUUUCCACAGCACGUUUUGAUUGAAGUAAUAAAAACCAUCCCAGUAAUACGAUGUCAUUUCCAUGGUUACCUUCACUUCGAUUGUAUUGUAAUGUCUGUGUUAUCUGCAAAGCUGGCUUUGUUUUCUGUUACUGGCCCCUCUAUCUGCUUGUUCAAUAAAGCUCUGAUACCUUCUCAA